CGUUGGAUCGACCAUGCACUUCGUCUGUAGCUAUAUACAGGCUAACAUUAGAUCGUCGACAGACUACUGCCCCGUACAAGUGUGUCAGCGAGACGGACUCUGGACAGCCGCCUCCAUAUCGUGUGGAGAAAAUGAAUGCUAUGAGUCAGGACGAUCGGACAAGUAUCAAGGUCAUAGAUCAUGUACAAGGUCGGGGAGACAAUGUCAGGCAUGGAACAGCCAAUAUCCUCAUACACAUGACCUUCAAGCUGGGUCUUUUCCAGGCGAAAACAUGACAGGUUCUUUCUGUAGAGACCCGGAUGGUAUGAGAGGCGCCCCCUGGUGUUUUACCCUUGAUCCUAAAUUAGAAUGGGAGGACUGCAGCAUAGAUCUCUGCGACGAAAUAGAACUGGUGUCAACGAAAUGUCUGAUGGAAACAGUCAAGCGAGUGUACAUGUUUCUAAAGAACUUUCUAAAGACAGCAGCCUUAUUGCAACGUUUAAUUGGAGUAAGAGCAGUUUUAUGGCAAUAGCUGGGGUUAGUACUUCUCAUUCAGAGAUCGGCAUGGCUGUUACUGACUCAGUAAAUAGGGACACGGCUUCAGCUGAUUCAACACAAGGGACAGACAAUGUGGAGCAGUAUGAAGGCAUUAGUAACAGAAACGAACGCUUGACAUCUCUGGACUCUAAUAUGCCGUUGGGACAGGACCGUUUAGCAUCAACCCCUGAAUCUACUACCAAAGUUCAUAUGGAGGCUAAGGACGGUGCCACUACAACAAAAGAUGACGACAGUACAUUGUUUUAUUCAAUACAGCCAUCAUAUUUACCGAUUCCAAGUUCAAUACUGACUGCUACUUCGCCACUGCCUACAACAGACGCAGCAGACAAACGUGCCAUUUUGUCGUCUAUGAAACCAGUGAAAACCACAGCUAACUUAAACAAUGCUGACAGGUCGUCUAUGUUUAACAUGGAGGAUGCGACGAUACGGGCAAAUGUACACAUCCUGAAUGGUGAUCACAUCAUGGACAAAACCUCUAAUAAUAGUUCUACUUCAUCAGGUUUUUCUUUGAGACCUCCAAACCUUCUACCGGCGAUGGAUGCCGUUCUGUCAGCAAACAGUCCUGUACAAAAUGUAUCUGGAUACAAGGCUACUGAUACAACGUCACAGCGCUCCUCUUCCUCCGUAAAUACCACGAAAAACACUUCGUUUGUUGUUGAGUUUUCUGCAUCAACUGUUAUUGCAAGGGACGAAACAAAAGAAAUAUUAACGCAACACAAGAUUGUCCCUUACAAGUGCUUGGUUGACCUGAAUUUCGCAGAAAGGGAACGUGGAAAUUUUAAACUUAACGUAUGGACAUUUCGACAGGCUGCAGCUAGCCUUUCUAAGUUAACUCCCCUGAGUGGCAAUCUUCACAGGAAUAACGAAAAUGAGAUAUCGUGUGGUCGCCACUGUUCACAUGUCUAUAAAUGUGACAUGUUUGCCUUUGAUUUUGAGACACAAAUGUGUGCUUUGUUUUCGUUAGAAACUGGAGAGAUUCACUUGGAUUGUACCGAGCAUGAACGGUUAUCAUGCUACGCAAGAUGUAUCACAGUUGAAUGAUAUAUUAAGUAUUGGAGGAAGACAAGUGUAGCUUUAGUUUUUAUGUCUUUCCUUCGAAUUAGUUUGUGACCAUUUCAGCAUUUACUUAUUGAAAAUGACUACCAUAAGGCAAGAAAACAAUUUCAUUGAUGUUUUGUUAAGAUAUUGUCAAAUAAAAUCCAUUAAAUAUGUAUUUAUCAUUGUAUGAACUCAUAAGGUAAUGCUCCUAUCAAAGGCAAACACAACCCUUCCUUGUAUGUAAGGCAUCCAUUAGGAAACAAGAAUAUGAAUAGCAUUAUCGACCAAAACUCCGCCAUAAACCCAAGAACUGGCCGAGCGCACACAAUGAUUAUCCUGAUCUGUAAUACAUGCAGUCAGUGCUGAAGUUUUAGGUUGGUAAAUCGUAAAUUACUAUUUAUUAUUUAUUCUAAUGAGAUUUGUAAAUUACAGUGUUAGCUUUUAGCUGAUACCAACUUUUUGUUUGAGGUCGUCAAACAGAAAAUUAGAUAACAAAUCUUACAGAAAAUUUUAGAUUUUUAAAUGCAAAUAUACGUAUAUACAAUUAAA